AUGGAUGUGGAUUAUCCGGAAAACUCGAUUUCCGAUUUUCAUGUAUUCGAAUUGCUUGGUCGAGGCGGAUUCGCUCAAGUCUAUCGAGCCAAAUCAGCAAUUACGGGACAGGAGGUGGCAAUAAAAAUGAUCGAUAAAAAGGGUAUGCUUCAGCAUGGACUUGCAAAUCGCGUGCGCCGUGAAGUGGAAAUUCACAGUCGAUUGAAGCAUCCUUCAAUCCUCGAGCUUUACACGUGCUUCGAGGACGCAAAUUACGUUUACUUGGUCCUCGAAAUUUGCCAUAAUGGCGAGUUGCAGACUUACAUUCGACAGAAUGGUCCGGUUAGUGAAGAUGUCGCUCGUCAUUACCUGAAACAGUUGAUCAGUGGCCUAUUAUAUCUUCAUUCGCACAAUAUUCUGCAUCGUGAUUUGACUUUGGCCAAUCUGCUUCUAACCAAGGAUAUGAAAGUGAAAAUUGCCGAUUUUGGACUGGCUACUAAGAUUGAACCAGGCGAGGACCAUAAAACUAUGUGUGGCACACCGAACUAUAUUUCUCCCGAAGUGGCCAGUCAUGGUCCGCAAGGUUUGGAAACUGAUGUUUGGUCCCUCGGUUGCAUGUUCUACACACUCAUUGUCGGUCGCCCUCCAUUUGACACUCGUGAGGUUCGCUCUACUUUAAAUCGUGUUUUGGCUGUGGAUUAUGAACUACCCGCUUCCUUAUCCCCUGAGGCCACUGAUCUAAUUGGUUGCCUACUCAAACGUCACCCUCAGGAGCGAAUCAAACUGCGCGCAAUUGCGCAACAUCCUUUCAUGUUAAAGAAGGCGAUCAAUCCUCGCGUUAUGGAAACGUCAAAUGAUAGCGGAAUUGAUUCAAUGGCUCGAACUCCUCUAGGCUGUUUGACAAAUAAUCUCACUCGCAGCUCUGCUGCUAAGUCAGUAACUUCAGCUGAUCAGCAUUCUAGACCGUCGCUGGGCCUCUUAUCGGCAGCUCUCUCUGAGGCACAGUGCCAGUCGUCCAGCACCCCCUAUUUUCAAACGUUUCCUCGUCGAUCUUCUCUAUCUGAUAAAAAUGGUUCCUUGGAUCCAGCUCCUCUGAGGUCUACGAAGAUUGAGUGCAACACGCUUCCUCGCACUGGCCCUUUUAGCCAUGGGGAAUCACACCAGGACAGUUGCUCCCGAAAUCCUGCUACACGUGAUCCACUCCCCCCGUGUCCUCCCACCCAAAAUCCGAAUCGCGGUCUAACCAGUUUGUCGGGCCUUUCCUUAUCCUCCUGGUCUCGUCCCACCGGCGCAACUGAGACAGUCACGGUACAACCGAAGCCUGAUCUGCCACGGCCCAGUUCACGUGAUUCAUGUCGAAGACCUGUUGGGGUUCGCUCUCGUACCGGUUCUACCGGAAAACCGAAUGAACGCAGACCAAGCCCGCUAAAUUGUCGGCGUUUACGUCCAAUGAGAACGUAUACCAAAUUAGCAGUAAUCAAUUUGUUAGACGACGAGUCAGUCUGUGUUGAAUUUCUUCGUGGGGGCCCUGGAAAACCCAAAUCCGAUGAUUUGUCUUCCUCGGAGGGGGAUCGGCAACAGGUCGUCGUUGAAGUGAUGGGAGUCGAUCGCACAGGUACCCAGAUUGUAGUCUAUCUGCCAGGAACAGCAAAUCACGGUGUGGCAUUAGAUACACGAGGUUUGUUUGAGGCUUCUCCGUCGUCAGAACCUCCCGUUUCCGUGGACCAAUGCGGUGGACCACCUCGGGCCCGACCAGGAGACCAUGUAUCUUUAUUCUCAUUGGAUACAUUGCCGGAGAAGUAUUGGAAAAAGUACCAGUUUGUAUCCAAGUUUGUGGCUAUGGUUCGCGCCCAUACACCUAAAAUUACCAUGUACACUCAACGAGCAAAGUGCAUGCUUAUGGAAAACGGUCCACAGGCUGACUUUCUCGCUGAGUUCUAUGACGAUCAGACACGAAUAGCUUGCGCAGGAGACGGUUCUAUUCGAAUAACUCAAUCUGAUCCUGGUUCAUCUAAGCCCGUAUCUGUCACAUUGGAUUCCAAUCGAAGUCUUUCUGCAUUAGCUCCGGCCACGCGAGCGCUUCUGGAUUAUGUUUACGAGCAACGGGACCGGUGUCGAAAAAUCGAAGAAUUACUAUCUGCUUCCACUGAUCAGACUCAACUUAGUUCGUUUCCGGCCAUUAUUGGCAGACGACCCAAGUCUACCGGCCUUCCGGCUUCCAAUUCGAUUCCGGCUGUGACCUCACAAACACACUCCAGCAUGGUCAAUAUUGGAUCAGCUCUAGUUGAUCUGCCGGCAACCCUACUUGGUUUGAUCUCAUCGUGUUUAACAGCCAAUCCGAGAUGUUCCCAUAUUUCUUCCCCGUCGAAUCGGCCGGUUUUCGUUCCAAACGUGGGUUGGGCUGACCAGCGUUCAUCGGAUGAAUUACAAGUCCAAUUCAAUGAUGGUGCUCAAUUAUUACUCAGCUACGACCGGUCCCUAGUACGGUCAAUUCAUUUUAUUCCACCGCCUCAUUCAUCCGGGGUAGCUUGUCAGUCGACACGCCCGCAAAGGUACAGCACUUCAGAUACACUUCCAGACGAGGUUCAGCAACGACUUGAACUUAUGCCUUUAGUGAUUCAACAUCUGCGCAUGCACUCUAUAUGA